CGCUCUAGUUGCCCAAGCAGACACUGCAGAGUUCGUCUGUUUCCAGUUAACUGUCGUCAACCGCAUUUCUGCCAGCUGAAGAACAGUGGAGUGGCAGAAUGCCGUGCUGUGAGAUCCACCCCCGCGUGAUGACGCCAGAGGACGAGGAGAGGGAGCUGGAGGCGUUCCCCGUGGAGUGGCUGCCACCAGGUGAGAUGCAGAGGAGCAGCGAGGUGGCGGCCUUCUACAGCGGGGCCUCCGUCCUCCUCACGGGCGCCACUGGCUUCGUCGGCACCCUCGUGCUCGAGAAGCUGCUGCGCUCCUGCCCCGGCGUGUCCGCAGUCUACGUGCUCGUCAGGGACAAGAGGGGCGUGCCGCUGCGGGAGCGACUACGUUCUCACCUGGAGAAACAGAUCUUCAGCAGGGCUCGCCAGGAGUGUCCUGACUACCUACAGAAGGUGGUACCCAUAGCGGGCGACUGCACUCAGCCAGGCCUGGGGAUCAGCGCUGCAGACGCUGCUGAGCUCACCAGCAAGGUGUCUGUCGUCUUACACUUAGCUGCAACAGUCAGGUUCGACGCAGACCUCCGGACCGCCACCGUCACCAACGUGGUCUCCACCCGCGAGAUCAUCGCACUCGCAAAGCGUAUGCCCAACAUAAAGGCUUUCGUCUACAUGUCGACGGCGUAUUCGAAUGCCCCCAGAGACGAAGUCGACGAGAAGUUCUAUCCUCCAGAACUGAGCGCUGAAGAGCUAAUAAAACUGGUCAGCGUCAUGGACGACGAACAACUGGCGCAGCUACUACCUUUGAUGCUGGGUGAUUGGCCCAACACUUACACCUUCACCAAAGCAGUCGCCGAGGAUCUAAUACGCACACAUGCUGCUGGACUACCUGCCUCAGUCAUCAGGCCUUCCAUUGUGGUGGCUACGUACCAGGAGCCGGUGGCGCUGUGGGUGGGGAACAUGUACGGACCCAGCGCGAUUGCUGCCGGCGCAGCACUGGGGGUUCUGCACACCAUCCUCGCGGACACGAGCGCGAUGGCGGACGCCGUGCCCGCUGACGUGGUCGCCAACGCAACCGUCGCCUGCGCCUGGGACACCUGGUCCAGACACAGAAUGCAAAAUCUUACACAACUGCCAGCAGCUCAGCCGCUCGUCUACAAUUGUGUAUCAACUGCUCGCCAUCCAGUAUCCUGGGGUACCAUACGCGGCUACUUACUUUACGGCAAACAUUUUCCCAGCAUAAAAAGCAUCUGGUACGUCUACGGAUUUAUGUUCAAGCAGAAGUCGCUGUACCUAAUUACAGCCGUGUUCUUCCACUUAAUUCCAGCCAUUAUUGCAGACACUUUUCUGUGUCUCAAGGGGACAAAACCAAUACUGUGGAACGUGUACUCGCGUAUUCAUGGAACCGUGCAAGCCCUGGAGACAUUUACCACUAAAGAGUGGACUUUCAAAGACGACAACUUGGUGUGCAUGUGGGGCCAUAUGGGAGAAGCCGACCGCAAACUGUUUCCCUGUGACGUCGCAGACAUUGACUUCGAGUGGCAUUAUAAAAAUGCUAUGCGUGGAUUGCGCAUGUACAUUUUCAAUGAGAGCCUCGACAACUUGGAAGCAGCCAGGAAGAAAUUUCAUUGGUUGACAGUUCUGCACUACACAACAGUUACCAUACUGAGUUCGCUGCUGCUACUGGUGCUGUGGCGAAUUAUCCGUGUUCUGAUAGAACUGUGACAUGUACAGUGCCAUACGGUUGCACCAACAAACUCUUGAGUUCCUCUAAGCACGCCACUUCCAUAGAGCCCAUUGACAGUUGUGCAUCAGGUCCACACUCAAAGUAACUUUUGACAUCAAUUCACAUCUAUAUAGAUCUAUUACAACGUUAUUGCUCUAUUUAUGCUGUCUUCAUAGUCUAAAUGUAAAUCACCAAAACUCUGUUUGGACUAAUAUUGUCUAAAUUCAU